UGGCCUCGGCUGAGGUGGAGAGCGAUGGCGCAACGGUGGAGAGCGAUGGCGCAGCGGUGGAGAGCGAUGGCGCGGCAAUGGAACGCGUUACAAUGCAGCGAUAGCGAUAGCGAUGGCAGCGAUGGAACAACGAUAGCGAUUGCGCAGCGAUGGCGCACUUGGUGGAGAGCAAUGGUGCAGCGGUGGAGAGCGAUGGCACAGCGAUGGAACAACGAUGGAACAGCGAUAGCGAUGGCGCAGCAAUGGAACAGCAAUAGCGAAGGCAGCGAUAACGAUGGCGGCGAUAGCGAUGGCGCACCUAUUGAGAGAUGGCGUAGUGAUGGAACCAACGUUGCGAUGGCAGUUAUGGUACAAGCGUUGCGAUGGCGCAGCGAUGGCCAGCGCUGCGAUGAGAGCGAUGACGAUUGUCAGCGCUGCGAUGGUCAGGCGAGCGCGACAGCUGCGAUGGGGGAUAAAGCUUUUCGUCGCGAUGGCGAUGAGCUAAGCCCAUCGAUGGCGAUGGUGCAUGGCGAGCGUUGGCGAUGGCGAUGAGCUAAGCGCAUCGAUAACGAUGGUGCAUGGCUAAGCGCAUCGAUAUCGAACGUCGUUGACAUUUGCAAAAUGUC